UGCAACAGAGGAGCAUCAGCUUUGGCAAUGGAGCCUGCUCCGCAGCGGAAGGGUGUGGCGGCCCAUAUUACGCCAACACCAAUCGAAAGCGUAUUCUCUACACGAAGCUCAGAGCCUCUAGUGCGUUAACCAAACUAGAAAGGCGUACUUCUCCAGGCAUAGGAGCAGCAGAAGCGCGCGCAAAGUGCAAUUGCUCUUGCUCGCUCGCUCGCUGUUUCAAACGAAGCCGACUCCCCGCUCCCCAAUCCUUCGGCUGCGGAAUGGCCGCGGCGGAGCCGUGCUGCAUCUCGCACGCGUUCGAGCGCGCCGCAAGCCGGGAACCCGACCGCCUCGCCGUCAUCCACGCGGCGGCCUCAGGUGGCGACGGCGAGGAGCGCCGCUUCACCUACGGGGACCUCCUCGCCGCCGUCGGCUUACUCUCCCGCCGCAUCGCCGCCGCGCUCGGCGGCACCGCCCCCGACGCCCGCCACGACCGCGGGCAAAGCCCAGGGUUUCGUGCCGCCGGCGCAGCGGUGCCGAGGAUUGUCGGGGUGUACGCCUCGCCAUCGGUGGAGUACGUCGCCGCCGUCCUCGCGGUGCUCAGGUGCGGCGCCGCGUUCCUCCCGCUGGACCCGUCGUGGCCGGAGGAGAGGGUCUCGUCGGCCGUCUCGGCGUCCAACGCGGCGCUCGUCGUGUCAUCAGUUGCGUCGCGAGGAGCCACGCUGUUUGAGAAUAGCGGCUGUCCUGUUCUGCGCUUGGACAGUGGCAUCCGGCGGUGGUUUCAGGAUGAAAACGGUGAGGAUGGCGGGGAGGAGCUUGCUUGGCCGUGCGAGCGCGAGUGGCGCCGGAAGUUCUGCUAUGUGAUGUUCACCUCUGGUUCUACCGGAAAACCAAAGGGUGUUUGUGGCACUGAGAAAGGUCUUCUGAAUCGCUUUUUGUGGAUGCAAAGAAGGAAUCCUUUGUGUUCAGAUGAUGUGUUGUUGUUUAAGACAUCUGUCAGCUUUGUUGACCAUCUACAGGAGUUCCUUUCUGCGGUGUUGACUUGCACAACGCUUGUCAUUCCUCCUCCCAGCGAGUGGAGAGCUAACCCUGCAUCUGUGGCCAACUUGAUUAAGGUUUACCGGAUAUCAAGGAUGACUUUGGUUCCAUCACUUAUGGAGAUAAUACUACCUACCCUGGCGGAAAAACUUUCUGAUGGCUGUAACCCACUUAAGAUCCUAAUAUUUAGCGGGGAAGUUCUGUCUGUAUUGCUGUGGAAGAGAGUCUAUGAAGUCCUGCCAGAGGCUACUAUCAUUAAUCUGUAUGGAACAACAGAGGUUUCUGGUGACUGUACAUUCUUUGAUUGCAAAGAUUUGCCUGCAAUUUUGGAGCAAGAAGAACUAAACAGUGUACCAAUUGGAUUCCCUAUUUCAAAUUGUGAUGUUUCUCUUGUCACCGACGAUGGACUAGCAGAUGAAGGUGAAAUCUCUGUCAGUGGAGCAUGCUUGUUUACCGGAUAUUUAGCUGAUUCCAUGACAAGUAACUGCCCUGAAGGCAGUGAAAUUUUAGCACACUACAGAACAGGUGACUUUGCUCGACGCCUAAAGACAGGUGAACUUAUUUUCCUUGGGAGAAAAGACCGAAUUGUUAAAAUUUAUGGGCAGCGUUUCUCACUGGAGGAGGUAGAAUCCAUAUUAAGGGAACAUCCUGAUGUCAGUGACGCUGCUGUUACUUUUCAAAGUAAUGGAUCUCUGGAUUUUAAGGCAUACUUGGUGCUGAAGAGUAUUGAUCAAAGUCCGAAAUGUAUUCAGCGUUAUAGUGGAUUAAAUUCUUCCCAAGACGUCAUUGCACCACUUCGAAAUUGGCUCAUCAUGAAGCUUCCACUAGCUAUGGUUCCAAGGCUUUUUAUCCCCAUGAAAUCAUUACCUUUGACUUUGUCAGGAAAGAUUGACUAUGUCAAGUUAUCUAGCUUGGAUUGUGCAUUGGAGCCUUGUGAAAGUGAGCCAGAAAGCAGUCCAGUUGAUCCUCAUAUGCAAGUUAUCAAAAAGGUUUUUUCUGAUGCCCUACUAGUUGAUGAAGUUUCUGAGUAUGAUGAUUUCUUCGCCUUGGGUGGUAACUCAAUUACUGCUGCUCAUGUUGCUCACAAAUUGGAGAUUGACAUGAGAUUACUUUAUAUUUAUACCACCCCUUCUAAACUUUUUCAUGCUUUACUUGGGGAGCGCAGUCAUGUAGUUCCUCCUACUCCUGAGUUUCACAACAGAAAGAGGUUGAGAAAAUCUGAAAGCUUAUCAGAUUCCUUUGAUCCAGUGUCUGCAUAUAAGGAUGAUAACUUUCAUGGCCAAGGGCAGAUAAGUAAAGAGGGUGUAUACAAUCACUUUGCAGGGAAUCAUGUAAAUGAAACAGAUGGCCAGCUUAACAGAAGUAUGACUUAUGAUGAAUACCGAGCAAAAAACCUGUGCCCAGAUGCAUGCUCAAAUGAUGAAAUUUCCAGUGGCAGUCCAUGGAUACUAAAUUUUGACUUACAAAAGAAGUGGUCAGUUGGUCGUUGCAAUAGAUUUAUGCAUGGUUAUGAACGGAUGCUACAACUUGAAGAUAUUUGCUCAUAUGUUCCAUACAAUAAAAAGGGUUUCCUCAUGAAACUUUGGAGCAUUCUUCUGGAUUCAUGUGUUGAUGCCUCACCUUUGCUUGUCAUAAGCAAUGGGAUGAUGACCAUCUUUAUUGGUUCUCAUUCACAUUUGUUUCUCUGCAUUGAUGGUUAUAGUGGUUCAGUGAGGUGGAGUGUCAAAUUGGAAGGUCGUAUUGAGUGUUCUGCCACUAUAACAGGUGAUUUCUCAGAGGUGGUUGUUGGAUGCUAUAAAGGGAAAAUUUACUUCCUUGAUAUGUCUACGGGAAAACUAUCCUGGACCUUUCAAACUGACGGGGAGGUAAAAAUGCAACCAGUUGUGGACAAGACGAGGAACUUAAUAUGGUGUGGCUCUUAUGACCAUUACUUGUAUGCAUUAAAUUACAAAGAUCGCUGCUGUACCUACAAAAUUUCUUGUGGUGGAAGCAUCUAUGGUUCUCCUGCUACUGACAUGGCACAAAAUAUAAUCUAUGUCGCAUCUACAAGUGGCCUUGUGACUGCAGUAUCAUUUAAGGAACCACCCUUCAGAGUUCUUUGGCAAUAUGAAGCUGGUGCACCAAUUUUUGGUUCUCUUGCCAUAGAUCAUCAAAGUGGAAAAGUCAUUUGUUGCUUAGUGAAUGGCCUAGUUAUGGCAUUGAACUCACAAGGCUCCAUUGUUUGGAAGGCAACUGUUGGUGGUUCUAUUUUUGCUGGUGCAUGUUUGUCGCCCACCCUCCCUCAUCAGGUGCUUAUACCUUCCCGUGAUGGGAAUUUAUACUCUUUCAAUACUGUUUCUGGUGCCCUUCUUUGGGUAUACAGGGCUGGGGAUCCAAUUACUGCAUCCGCUUUUGUUGAUGAGCUGUUAACAUCAGAGUCAUCUGGACCAUCUGAGAGAUUUGCUUGUAUCUGCACGAGUUCUGGGAAGGUCCAUGUCAUCAGGAUUAGAGCUGACGCUAAGUACAAUCAGGAGCAAGCUGGUGAAGGUGUUAAAUCUGAGGAGUUGGUCCAAGGAGUGGCGUCCAUUGAUCUUCCAGGGGACAUAUUUUCUUCUCCCUUGAUGGUCAGUGGACGCAUAUUUGUUGGAUGCAGAGAUGAUCGGUUACAUUGUCUCACCAUCACCACAUAGUUUCAAGUGAUUUUAUUGGAGGUGAUAUAACUUGCCCAUGCCUGGCUUUGCCCUGCUGCCCGAGAUCAUGUCUUCCUUGACAAGGGCCUUUCUUAUUGGCAAGGUGCACGGCAGCGCAACACAGGACAUGAACGAGUUUGGCAGAAGCUCCUGAUGCAUAUGGAUCUCGAAUGAUUGCUUUCCAUGUCUGCACAGGAAGCUUUCGGCAGCCUGCUCUCACGACACAAGUGCUAAUUGAUCAAUGAGUGCUGAAGGUGAAGGUGGCUACAAGGACGUGGCUGGGCGAGGCAGGCACAGCACCGCAGCAUGAGCGCGGAAGCGAGCAGCGGGGCAGUGAUGAGGCUAGGCGCGGUGGCAGAAGCAAGUAGGCGCGUGGCCCUCGACGACUGGACGCGGUGACCACGGACACCAGCCAAAACAGUGGCCGCACGAAUUUUAAAGUGCUAACUACGCCAAAACUUCUAUGGCAACGAUCCCCGGUGAAGUCCCCGUGCUAGAGAAGGUAGGGCUGCCAAAAGUCUUAGGGCACUUCACCGAUUAGACCAACAGAGAGGUAGAUAGAGAGGCGCCAAGUUGGGUUUGUCAGACAAAACGAGCCAGAGCAUGAACUGAACUGGGAACAGCAUGUUCUAGCGAACUUUCAUCCAGAUUUUGAGAGGCUACGAGCCUGCUAAACAUUCAACCAACUAAACCUACUUGCAGUUGGCAGUUUACACUCCACAACAAAGCAAAAUUUGAAUCAAGUGUUAAAUGA